AUGUUAAGGUAUCAGCUGAUGCUGGUGUUGCUAAUGGUAGUUUUAUUUGUGUUGUUGUUCACUGUAGAGAGUUACCGUAAAGAAACGAAGAAGGAAAUCCGUGUGCUAAUAACAGGCAGUGAUCGGUUACAGAGGAAUUCAGUAGAACCGCGUAGAAACUCAGUCACAUUACCCAGCACCAGUAUUGCUAAUACUAGAAGAGAUAUACCUUUAGUUAUAUUUAUUAGAAAGGGACCGCAAUAUGAAUAUAGAUGCAAUACUGGAAACGGGUGUAGCAUGAAUAUUAGUUAUCACGUCAGCGCUGCAAUUUGUGUCAAAUAGAACACAUUUAAAACCAAACUGAGUAAGAGAACAAUACAGAAACUAAAGUCAGGGCAGACGAGUGUAAUCCGGUACUAGAAGAAAAUAACAAAGCAAACGCAUACGGCAAUAUUAUAAAUAAGGUCUUUGUCAUUUUAGCGUUAUUAUUAUUUAUCUGUCGCCGCAAUUUUAGACUCUUUAAAAACAGGUUAUUUUUAAAUCUAGUUUGUGAAAGUGUUGUAGUAGGGUUCUAAUUUAGCAGGCUGUAUAGCUUGCCGCUGUUUAUUUCACACACGUUACAGUACCACUCGCUUGGAAAUACACUGCACAAUAAGAAGAAGAAGAAGAAGUAGUUGUGGCUGGUGUCUGGCACGAAGUGUUUUUAAUAAAUGUGUUGUUCGUAGUGAUACGUUGCAGCCGAGGCUGAGGGCUGUCAGUAUUAUUUAAACAGUAUUAGAAACCUGGUUCCGGCCCAGUCACACAGAAAUCCGAGUCUCCCUUCUUUAUUUCUGUACGGGCCAAUGCUGGAUCUGGAGGUCGUGCCUGAGAGAUCGCUGGGAAAUGAACAAUGGGUAUUUGCACUAGGGAUGCCAUUGGCCCAGGCCAUUGCUAUUCUCCAGAAGCACUGCCGCAUCAUCAGAAACGUGCAGGUUCUCUAUAGUGAACAGAGUCCUCUAUGCCAUGACCUCAUACUGAACUUGACUCAGGAUGGAAUCAAGCUGCUGUUUGAUGCCUGCAAUCAGCGACUGAAGGUAAUUGAAGUUUAUGACUUGAGCAAAGUGAAAUUGAAAUACUGUGGCGUGCAUUUUAACUCUCAGGCAAUCGCGCCGACCAUUGAGCAGAUAGACCAGUCCUUUGGAGCCACGCACCCAGGAGUGUACAAUGCAGCUGAGCAGCUUUUUCAUCUUAAUUUCCGAGGUCUGUCUUUCUCAUUUCAACUGGACUCCUGGAACGAAGCUCCCAAGUAUGAGCCUAACUUUGCCCAUGGCUUGGCCUCCCUGCAGAUUCCUCAUGGAGCCACUGUAAAACGCAUGUACAUCUACACUGGAAACAGUCUGCAGGAUACCAAGGCUCCAGCGAUGCCUCUUACCUGCUUUCUGGGGAAUGUGUUUGCCGAGUGCAUCGAUGUAUUAAGAGAUGGGACGGGACCCUUAGGUUUAAGACUCCGCCUCCUCACUGCAGGCUGUGGCCCCGGGGUGAUGGUAGAUGCUAAGGUUCGAGUGCUGGAGCGCUGCAUAUACUUCGGAGACUCGUGUCAGGAUGUUCUGAGCACUCUGGGGUCACCACACAAGGUCUUCUAUAAAUCCGAGGACAAGAUGAAGAUUCACUCUCCUUCUCCUCACAAGCAGGUUCCCUCCAAAUGCAAUGACUACUUCUUCAACUACUUCACGCUUGGAGUGGAUAUACUGUUUGAUGCCACUACUCAUCUGGUGAAAAAGUUUGUGCUACAUACAAAUUUCCCUGGUCAUUACAAUUUUAAUAUUUAUCAUCGAUGUGAUUUCAAGAUUCCACUUACAAAUAAAAAAGGUGGUGCUGAUUCUCAGACAGACGCAGGCACUUUGACAACUUACAGCAAGUGGGAUUUGAUUCAGGAGCAUAUUGGUCACCCUAUGGAAAAGCCGGUUGUCCUGCACAGGUCAUCUUCAGCAAACAACAGCAACCCGUUCGGAUCCACUUUUUGCUUCGGACUGCAAAGAAUGAUUUUCGAGGUGAUGCAGAACAACCACAUAGCCUCAGUAACCCUAUACGGCCCCCGGUCGAGCAGCCAUUCUCGAGCAGCCGAAGCACCUGCCCAGUGAGUGCCCACUGUCCGCUCCUCCAACCACAACACUACACAUCUAGUACAGUAAAAUGUGCCUUGAUUUGCUGGCAUUAUCAUACAAGAAAAGCAUGGUAUAGUUGAUGUUAGUUCUCACUGCCCCUCCUGUCCUGUGACUGGCGAGAGUGCGCAGUAGAUUGUCACAGAGCUGCUCUCGCAGGGAGCAGUCCUAGUGGUAUGGGCUAUGAAGCCACGUGUCUGUGUGUUAUUCUGGACCUUCUGUAUCUGUCUCUCCAUUACAUUCAACCGAUUGCACACAAACAUAAAUACAAGCACAAAACUCACAAGCACCAACCUGAGCCAAGGGGGUUGGUAAUAUAUAUAUAUAUAUAUAUAUAUAUAUAUAUAUAUAUAUAUAUAUACACACACACACACACACACACACACAUUUAAAUGAGUGUUUGGUGUUGUAGUGGUGUGGUACAGUUCCGUUUUGCAGUUUGCUUUGGCCCAGUUCAGUCAGCUGAGUGCAUAAAGUCUAAGCUUGUGUCCACUGUUUUCAGGCACACAUUGUUUUACUUAAACUGUAGCAAGUGAAA